AUGCACGACAGCAUCUCGCCCAGAGUCACUAUACCACGCAGAAGGAUGAUGGCGUCCCGAUCUCGUGCAGCAGCCGCAGCAGCAGCAGCAGCAGCAGCUGCUGCUGCUGCAGCGGAGCAGCAGCUGGGUUUGUUUGCUGCUGCGCUUGCUGCCUGGAUUGAGAGGAACUGGCACCGAGUCGAUGCUGCUGUGCAGCAGCUGCUGCUGCACUCCUUUGGCGAGUCUCUGGGGCUGCAGCAGCUGCUGCUGCAUGCAAUAGAAUACCAGCCUGUACACAAGCAGCAGCAGCAGCAGCAACCGCAGCAGCAGCAGCAGCAGCAGCAGCAGCAGGCUGCGAGGCAGCAGCUGCUGCUGCUGCUGCGGUGGAAGCGGCGUCUAGGACUGCAACGUGUUGCUGCUCUGUUUGCUGCUGUUGGGUCGCAGCUGCUGCUGCUGCCUGCUGCAGAGAGAGCAGCAGCAGCAGCAGAUGUGCUGAUAGCCAUGCAGCGGCUGCAGCUAGACGAGCGCGAGGCUGCUGCUGCUGCUGCACUUCAGGCUGCUGGCAUUGGACACAGCAGCAGCAGCAGCAGCAGCAGCAGCAGAAGCAAGAAAGGCAAGAGCAGCAAGAGCAGCAGCAGCAAAAGCAGCAGCAGCAGCAACAAAAGCAACAACGAGAAAACUGUGGGUGCACAGCCGUCAGCUUUGCUGCUGCAGCAUCUGCUGCAGCUGUUAGCUGCUGCUGACCCUGUAGAGCCGAAUCAAGAAAAGCAGCAGCAGCAGCAGCAGCAGCAGCAGGAACAGCAGCAGCAACAACAGCAAUCGCAGCAGCAGCAACAGCAGGAGACGCAGCAAUCGCUUUGGGGUCUGCUGGAGAUGAGAACAGCGGCUCGUGCUGCAGUUGCUGCAAAGGAGUUGCUGCAGCAGCAGCUGCAGCAGCAGCAGCAGCAACAGCAGCAGCAGCAGCAGCAAAUAUCCAGUGAAUCUGCAGCAGAGCUGCUGCAGCCUGCAAUCUCUGACUUGCUGCAGAGAUUGGCUGCUGCUGAUCUUCCUGCUGCAGUACCUGCUGCUGCUGCUGCUGCUGCAGCAACUGGCCGCACCUCGUCUGCUGCAGCUCUGACUGCUGCUGCUGCAGCGCUGCUGCGGCUUCGGCCCUUCAUGUCUCAGGAGAAAGCAGCAGCAGCAACAGCAGCAGCGCAGCAAGUGUUGCUGCGGCUGUGCAGCAACGCCACAAUGAAGCAGCAGCAAGAGCAGCAGCAAGAGCAGCAGCAACUGCAGCAGCAGGAGCAGCAGCAAGCGACAUCUGUCGCGAUUACAGCAGCAGGUCUGCUUCGUGAAUUGCCGCUGCUGCUGCACCGAGGAUCUGCUGCUGCUGCAGCAGCUGCUGCUGCUGCAGCUCCAACAUCUAUGGUGUUGCUGCUGUCUCCGGAUAGCAGCAGCAUCUUUGCUGCUGCAUCUAAGCUGCUGCGCGACGCCUGCAGCUAUAUUCAUCUGCUGCCUUGGGGGCCGCUGCUGUCUCUUUCUCAUGCUGCUGCUGCGGUGGCAGUGCAUGCAGCAGCAGCAGUUGCUGCUGGUCCUGCAGCAGCAACAGCAGCAGCAGCAGCAAAUGCAGGCGAGGCACUGACAGCAGCUGCUGCGCUGCUGCGAGUCUCCUGCAGCACGAUGCAACUACCCGCUGCUGUUGCUGCUCCUGCUGCUGUUGCUGCUGCUGCUGCUGCUGCUCCUGCAGUGUUUGCUGCAGCGCCCUUGGGAAAGCUGUUGGCUGCUGUCGAGAAGCUGCGGCCCGUAGCAGCAGCAGCAGCAGCAGCAGCAGCAUCAACAGCAGCAGCAACAGCAGCAGCAACAGCAGCAGCAACAGCAGCAGGACUGAAUAAGGCGCUCAUUGAUAUCGAUGCAGCCCGCAGCAGUUUGUCUGCUGCAGCGCAGCAGCUGGCGCUGAGCCCUGCUGGAGCAGAAGCAGCAGCAGCAGCAGCAACAGCAGCAGCAGCAGCAGCAGCAGCAGAAGCACCACCAGAAGCAGGGGGAGAAGAAGAUGCAGGCAUUGGGGACCUCGGGUCGUUUGGUGCUGCUGCAGCUGACGCUGCUGCAGCAGCAACUGAUGCUGCAGCAGCAGCAGCUGGAGAGCUAUGGAAGGCAGCAACGCAUGCGCUGCAGCAGCAGGCUGCAGCAGUAGCAGCAGCAGAUGCAUUAGAAUGGUGUGUUGCUGCUGCAGCUGCCAGCAGCACUGGCUUACUGCCGCAGCGCCCUGAAGCAGCAGCAGCACGGGCAGCAGCAGCACCAGCAGCAGCAGCAGCAAAAGCAGAAAAACCUGCUGCUGCUGCUGCUGCUGCUGCUGCUUGGCAUAGCCUGCAGCGCGCGCUGCGGCUCUGGGAGACUCCGCGGGCACCGCGGUUUGCUGCUGCUCUCAGCCUCAUGAGCAGCAGCAGCUAUGCUGCUGCUGCUCCUGCUGCUGCUCCUGCUGCUGCUGCUGCUGCUCCUGCUGCUGCUCCUGCUGCUGCUGCUGCUGCUGCAGAAAGCACGGGUGAGACUUUGUCUCAGGAGGGAGCAGCAACAGCAACGGAAGCAGCAGCAGCAGCAGCAGCAGCAGCAACGACAAGAGCGACAGCAGCAGACAAGAGAAAAUCCCUUAACAAGGACGCUGUGCUGCUCUGGCUGGCUGCAGAGCUGCUGGCAGCAGAAACACAGCAGCAGCAGCAGCAGCAGCAGCAGCAGCAGCAGCAGCAGCAGCAGCAGCAGCAGCAGCCAGACAAAACGUUAACGGAUGCUCGCAGACAGUUGCUGCAGGCCCUUCUAUCGAUGGCUCGUGCUGCAGCACCCAAGUAA